AGUUGUGUGGAAACUUUGCACCCUGUCUUUCGUGAACCGCGGACGUCAGUGCAGCUAUCGCUAUGAGUUCGCGUUCUAAUAUUUCAUAUUUACAAGAAGCCAAACGAGUGGCAAUUUUUGGAGGCACACAUGGAAAUGAGAUGUCCGGCAUUAUGCUGGUAAAUAUGUGGAUAAAAAAUGCAGCCGAGAUAGAAAGAAACAGACUGGUGACUAAGCCGUUCAUAAGCAACCCCAGAGCAGUGGAGAAAUGUACCAGGUACAUUAACACGGAUUUGAACAGAGCCUUUACGCCCGAGAACCUCAGUUCUCAAGAUGUUCAAGGGCUACCAUAUGAAGUCCAGAGGGCCAAGGAAAUCAAUCAGAUGUUUGGACCCAAAGGAAGCUCAGAUGCAUAUGAUGUCAUCUUUGAUCUUCACAACACAACCUCAAACAUGGGCUCCACCCUCAUUCUGGAAAGCUCAACAGACCUCUUCAACCUUCAGAUGGUGCAUUAUAUCAAAAAAGCUAUGGCCCCCCAGACCUGUUCAGUACUUUUAAAUGAACACCCACAGCUGAAGUAUUCAACCACACGUUCUGUGGCCAAACACCCAAUUGGAUCUGCUCAAUGAUUCUCAUUCUCUGUGUCCUGGAAUCUGCCCCGAGUCUCGUUCACCUAUGGAUGUUCUGUAAAGAGAAAAGGCAAGAAUCACUGAACUGUGUUAGUUCCCGAUUUUCUGCACUAAAAAGGAUCUACUCACCUGGAAUCCUUUCUGCACCCCGUCUGCUCGAAGUAGAGCUGAAAGAGAGGAAAAGGAAAGUAAUUGUCCUGUCGCAUCGUUUAUGUUAUUCCUUAAGAAGAGGAUUUACUCACCUGGAUGCAUUCCUGCCACGUAUCCUCCUCGAAGAUCAUCUCUAAGCACCUGAAAUCCUGAAUACCUACCUUUGCUUGUUAACAAAGAAAAGUUUAUGUUCAUCACUUACCUCUGUUUCGGAGUCUGAAUCCUGACAUAAGGCUUGACCUAACAACAGAACGAGGUGAGGAUGAUGAAUUCCAAGCAACCUGCUGUGCCGCUAAGCCCCACACCAGUCGCCGCUCCCCCCGUGAGACCUGUGUUUUCCCCCAUGAGUACUUCCGUGAGCGCCGCUUCUUCGAUCACCUGCUUUGCAAGUCCCCCGUCGCGUCCUGCGCCAUUCACUGGCCGGGCGGAGGAUUGCAACGGAUUCCUGUUACAGUGUUCACUUGCGCUGGAACAGCAAGCUUCACUCUAUCCUACUGAGCGAUCGAAAGUAGCGUUUAUCAUUCAGCAACUAUCAGGAGCGGCUUUACGAUGGGCUGAGGCUUUAUGGAUGAAGGAAUCACCUGUGGUCGCGUCAGUUCAAGAGUUCGUGAAACACUUCAAGGAAGUUUUCGGACGACCCGCGGAUGAUUCCUCUUUCGGAGAACAGCUCUUACAAUUACGUCAAGGGAAGAAGUCCCUAUCUGAGUAUUCUGUGGAAUUUCGCACGCUAGCCUCCAACAGUGGGUGGAAUGAAAAAGCUCUGAUUUCUGUGUUUCGCCGCGGAUUAAAUCCAGCCCUAUGCCUCCAACUGGCCAUCUACGAUGACAAU